UGAAGCCAUGGUACUCCUUGGGACCUACGAUGGAGUUACGGUGAUGGGCUCACGCGAGGAGGUGAAAAUUUGAGCCAUGGAGGAGUUUCCAGAGUCGAGGCUUCAGGUGUGGUGCGCGAGUCGAGUUUACCAUCGCCUUUAUGGCCCAAUGAGAAUCCACGCUAUCGAAAAAGAAGAAGGGUAAGAAUCCACGAGAGGGAGCACGAGCAUUCCACUCGGCUCGGACAUGUUUCAAACACUUGGUCCGCACUGUCCUCCCUCUUCACUCCCUCUCUUUCCCAAACCCCAACUCUCUCUCAGACCCACUCUCUUUACCCGUCAAACCGCCCUCGACAUAAACUCGCUGCAUUGCUCCCGUAAAAAACACUCCUUUCGCUCCAUAACCAACUCGCUCCCGAGCGCCGGCACUACCACUGGCCCGAGACUCGACAACAGAUGGUCUCUUCGAGGAAUGACCACCCUCGUGACCGGCGGGACUCGCGGUAUCGGGAAUGCGAUUGUGACGGAGUUGGUGGGCUUUGGGGCGAGAGUGCACACUUGCUCUCGAGACCUGAAUGAGCUUGAGAGAUGCUUGAAAGAGUGGGCCGCUGGCGGCUAUGAAGUUACGGGGUCGGUUUGUGAUGUUUCUAUCAGGGAAGAGAGGGAGAAACUGAUGGGCACUGUCUCUUCUGUGUUUCAUGGGAAGCUCAACAUUCUUGUAAAUAAUGUGGGCACCAACAUAAGGAAACCAGCCGUGGACUUCACGGCUGAAGAAUUUACUCUUCUUAUGGCUACGAAUUUCGAGUCCAUGUUCCAUUUGUGCCAACUUGCUCAUCCAUUGCUAAAAGCAUCGGGGCUGGGAAGUGUUGUCUUCACAUCCUCUGUUUCUGGAUUUGUUUCUUUAAAAUCCAUGUCUGUUCAUGGGGCAACCAAAGGGGCAAUUAAUCAACUUACCAAAAGUCUGGCUUGUGAGUGGGCUGUAGACAACAUAAGGAGCAAUGCUGUUGCACCUUGGUACAUCAAUACUCCUAUGGUGGAGCAAGUGCUCAGCAAUAAGGAUUAUCUGGAAGAGGUGUACUCUUGUACACCACUCCGUCGCCUGGGUGAUCCAAAGGAUGUGUCAUCUCUGGUGGCAUUUCUUUGCUUGCCUGCAUCAUCGUACAUUACCGGCCAGAUUAUUUGCGUGGACGGGGGGAUGUCCGUGAACGGAUUCUACCCAAGACACGAUUAGAUCCGAAGUAUUCACAUGUUGUGCUGUGUGACAGUUAUCAUCCUGUCUUUGUUACUCUUUUUUUUUUUUUUUUAAACAUGUGUGCUUACUCCACUCACCAAAAAUUUACAAUCCUUUGUUUAGAAGUUGAUUUGAUAAGUUUCAGUGGUCUUGGAGCCAAACUUGAGGUAUGGCAGCUUCCAGCCAGUUUAUCGAUCCGGGUUCAUACUGGCCCUGUAUUACUGCAAUGCAGUUGCACUUUUGUCUUUGGUAGAUUGUUGAUUCGAUUGCCUCUUUCAUGUUAUUAUCGUUUCACAGGUCUUAAGUCAAAUGUAUGUUCUUAAA